UUUAAUUGUUCCUUUUUCAUUCUCCACUUUUUGUUUAUUUCUUAAUCACUUUAAUUGUUAUCUUUUCCUUUCCAUUUCAUAUAUAUUAUUAGUAGUUAGAAUAGAGAUUUCGAAACUAGUUUAGUUUUGAUCAUUUAAUUUUAUUACUAAAACACCAAAAACAUUAAAAAUAUAAAAAAAAUGCCAAAAUACCUUUAUCUUAUCUUAAUUAAAAACAACAAUAAAAUAACUAAUAAAUUUAAAUCAUUUUUUUAUACUAACAUAAUUAUUAAAUCAAAUUCUUCCGAUUAAAUUUGAAUACAUAAUAUCAACUUUUUUUCUUAAUCUAGUUAAUUCAACCUUCCAAUAAUAAUACGACGAGUGAAUGAUAAUUUCACCGCGUCUUUGAAUCGAUCGACUUUCUAUGUCCCAUCGAUCAAAUAUCCUAUACAUAUAAAAAUUAUACUAAAUCGAUUAAUGCCUCGAGCGAUAAUCGAACGUAUGUCGCUGAUAAUGCGUCUAAAUUUUAUUUAAAAUAUUUAAUUAAUAAAUAUGACUACUGAUUUAAUAUUAUUAUUUUUAAUAUUAUAUUUAUCAUCAUAAUAAACAAAUUUUAUAAUUCAAUUAAAACAUCUAAUCAAUUAUUAAAAUACAAAAAUAGAGAUUGUACACAAAAAUCAUUUUUUUAACUCCGAACUACGGUAACUGCGAAACUACGAAUGCUUGCUAAAACACAAUUCAACAUACAAAAAUAAUGGUGUACAAUCCUAUAAAAAACACCAACAAACCCUACGAACUACGUUGACUCUGAUCCUCCAAUAAGGAGGUACGUAGGCAUCUGGACAACCAGAACGAGUCCCCUUCCCCUAAAAUUAAGUAGGUUUGAGAUUUUAUUCUCUACCCUACUUUACACUUUUAACCAUAACCUUUUUAUAAACCUUACCAUGAUACUCUUAUAAAUCUUAGAGACAUUUAGAAAACCUUAAGGAAGGGUUAAGGGUGCCUAACACCUUCCCUUGACCCUAAUUUCUCAACUUACCUAGAAACUCUUAAUUAGGUUUUUAUCCCAUGUUUACCCUUAUCUUAGGAUAAAAUAAAACAUAGGUGGUGUUUACGGUGAUUUCCGGUAAACAACCGCUAGUCCUCCAAACUAUAAUAAAUAUGAUUUGGUUACUCGCAGGAUCGACUAGAUUGAUCCUAGGACACAUAGUCAAUUAGAUUGUUAUCAAUAUUCUUUAGAACCAUGUUCAUGAUUCGUUGUCUUCGACAAAUGUUAUUCGAUUGAAAACAUACACUUUUAGUGAUGACUUGAUUAUAUGUGAUUAUGACUUUAAAAUGUAAACAACGCAGAUAACGUAACAUGCAAUUCUGUUUAAAUGUAAAGAAUCUUAAAACAUAAAACUGUUAAAGAUCUUGAAAGUAAAUAACAUGAAAGUAAAUAACAUGAAAGUAAAUAACAUGAAAGUAAAUAACAUGAAAGUAAAUAACAUGAAAGUAAAUAACAUGAAAGUAAAUAACAUGAAAGUAAAGAUACAGUAAUGUAAAUGACAAGAAGUAAAUAGAAUGCAAGAAUUUAAAGAUAUUCGAAAACGAAAAGCAAUAAAAGAUAAUACUCAUGUAUUAAGAUGGUGGUGUCAUACGUACAUUUUCUCAGCGAACUCGUUCUCGUUAACGCUUGAUACUUGAGUAAAUAUGUGAGUGAUUUGUACAAAAUGAACACACGGAAUUCUAUCAUAAAAAACUCCUAUUUAUACUAGUUUCGACCAUAACGGCCCUACGCUAAUCCGCUGCCACGUUUCUCAUAAGAACUUCCAGCGAUGACAUCUGUGAAUAAGCAGUUACGCAACUAUCUUCGAAUUUCAAAUCUUCCCGCCUGAGUCCAUCUUCGACGCGUGGCAGUAUGUUAAUAAACACUUACUAACAAACACGCUAAAUAAUAAUACUUAAGCAAUUUAUAAAUUUUGUCUAAGUCUUCGAGGAUAUGUCCUUCCAAUAGCUUUCAGUAGCCAUCACCUUCAUAAAAAACUUAGACGUUUCUUGCUAUCGAAACAUGGCCAUCAGUAGCCAUUUUAUAUUUCUCAGAGAUGGUCAUCAGUAACCACCUUGCCUUCGAUCAUACACUCCUUCGAAGCACAUAUAUUUGUUCAACGAAAUCUUCAGCUAACAAAUUGCCCCCAAUAAAUGCCUGUUUCGAAGAUCAACAGAAAUAGGCGUUUUUUGCCAUCAUAAGAUUUCGUCUCUUAUUAAAUUUUUGAUAGUUCCAAGACUACUGACUAAACGUCAUAAUCAUUGAUAAUCUCUGUUUCCGAAACGUCUUGUCAUUCUCAAAAAUGUCUUCUCAUAACUUACAUUCCCACGUCCUUGACCUUACUUCCUGAUCAUUACUCCUAUAUACUAGGAGUAAGGCUGAAUCUUUUGACCGCCAUUGGAUUAAAUCAUCAUUCGCCACGUGUCCUUUGGGUUUUACCCAAAAGAUUUAAAAAGGAUUUCCGUUAAACCUUUAAAUACUUUGGACUUGCACUCUUUUUACAACUUCUCAUUCCUAUUUCUCCGUCUUCUUCAUCAAACAAAGGAACCAACAUCUUCAAACUUUUCAAAUCUGAAUUUCUCAAAACUCGUCCGAUGGCUUCAUCUUCCAAUGUUCUUCAACCUGCUCUAAAGCUCCAAUCCACCACACGGUCUGGUGAACACGAACACAUUCCAAACCCUAACGUUGAAGAAGUUCGCGCUAUCUACGCUUCCCAGGUAAUCAUACCCUUUGAACUUUCUGGAAAAUCUUUUGCUUUUAUGGGUCCAUUGCCGGGUGAAGAUAACCAAACCCUAAGUAGGUUCUUCCCUGCUUAUUAUAAGACUAGGCCAUUAGUGAGCAAAGCUAACACAAAUGAAGAGGGUUGCUCUCCUUCAGGAGAAUCUGCUAAUGUUGAAGAAACUUCAACCGUAGCCCCUUUGGCUUUGCCAAAAAUUAGGUUAAAUUACAUGACCAACUUUGUGAAAGUGUUUAGGUCACUCCCUUUAGCCAAAGAUCCUGACUUGUACUUUGCCUGGUUAGAAAAAGUAGAGAAAAAGAAAGAAUCUGACUGGAAAUCGUUAGGAAUCUACGAUUUGAUCCAACUAUCAAAAACAGGCUUAACAUAUAACCAACCCAUGCUAGUAGCAGCGGUCCAUUUCUGGGAUGCUUCCCACAACACUUUCCACCUCCCAUGUGGAAUGGUUACCCCUACUCUCUUCGAUGUAGCUGCGAUUACAGGACUUCGACCAACUGGGGAAGACUUCGAUCCCACUGAGAUGGAUGUUGACACAAUUGGCUUUAAUAAUUCGACAGUUACUUAUACUGCGUUUAUCCAACAACAUCAUGUUACCGCGAACGAAGAAGUCUCUGAUGACGAACAUAUUGCCUUCUUGGCGCUAUGGCUUUCGCGAUGUGCUUUCUGCUCAAGAUCCAUACAAGUUGCAAAGAGAUAUCUUUGCAUGGCUAAUCAAUUGCAUAAUGGAAAAAAGCUCAAUCUUGGCCAACUACUUCUGGGAUUUCUUUAUGAAAACCUUAGCGAAGCUGCAAACCUUACCAAGAAUUACCAAUCUGGUACCUUACUUUAUGCUGGACCUUUCUGGCUUUUGCAACUGUGGCUAAAUGCUACGUUCGAAGCUCAUCUUCCGUUUCGAGGGAAAGUCAAGGAGGAAAAUGACAAAAUCAGGAAUCGAACUAUUGAAGGAACUAGGUUGGCUUACCUGACUCCAAAAGAAGAGCCUGGGAAACUUCAAGAAUACUUCUUAGCGUAUAUGAUGAUGUUUGCCCAGCGUCGUCAAUUCGAUCCGUCUAUGGCUCCGUUUGUACAUAGAACCAAGGGUCCUGAAUGGUUUACUCAGAAAUUCCCACCAACAUCUCAGGAUCAACAAACUGAGCUUAUGGAAAUUUGGGAAUCUUUUCUGACUCCAAGGUUGUUCCUCCAAACGGCGGAUGUAAUAACUCCUCUCUUUGGAAAAACCAACUGCAGUCUAAUCAAUUAUUAAGAAACUAAACCAACCUUUAGUAUUCCCUUUCUAUAUAAAGGUCCAAUAUCACCCUUAUUUUCUUCAUUCACUCAUUCUCUUCUUUCCUAAACUCAGAAAAGAGAAACCAUUUUUCUUCCUCCAAAACCUUCUUCUCUUUUUUUUUUCACAAUGGCCGAAAUCCUCUCUUUCAAUGAAAUCAAAACCCUUAUCCGGAGCGAGUUCAGACUUUCUGAGGAUGAACUCCUUCGCCACUUUGUCACUCUUGAAACUUUGUUUGUCAAUCAGGAGUUGGACUUCUACUUUGAGGAAGUCUUGGAAGGUGCUGUUUAUCCAAACAUGUUGGCUGAGUUUUGGAUGAAUGCUACUGUACGCAUAGAUCCUGAAGGUAGAACCACCAUAGAUUCUGAGAUUCGGCAUGCACGUUUCAGUAUUACUCCUGCCACCAUUGCUCACUUAAUCAGGUGUAGUAACUCUGGGGAACGCUUUGAUGACGAUGGCUUUAACAUACGCAUCUCAUGCUGAGGUCCGUCAUGGAAAAUGAUCCUUUUAGUGCCAGAGUUGUUAGGAUCUGGCAUCAGAUGCUCGUGGGCAACUUCCAGCCUCGGAGGAUCAACGAAAACGACAUCUUGGUUGAAGAUUUGGAGUUCAUCUUCUGUGGUCUUCGAGGGAAGAAGAUCAACAUUCCUUUGAUGAUAUUCAAAGGUCUCGUGAAAGCUGUCUCUAUUGGUACUGAACGGCAGAGGAACGUGACUUGCCUCCCAUACGGAAGACUUCUUACUUUCAUCUUUCAAAGGAAGGGUGUAGUGAGACGCAUGCGUGAGGGCGGAGCCAUCGACAUGUUCGAAGCUGAAGCUUCACCCGUGUUGUCCUUGGAGGGUUUAAACCAAAGGAUUAACUAACAACUUCCCUUUUUCCUUUAUCUUAGGGUUUUUAUGCUUUCUUUUUUUUUUUGUUGUACUUUCAGAUCCUGUUUGGAUCUUUUGUAAUGCAUGCAAACCCAAGUUAUGAAUGACAAAUAUUUUGAAAUUUCUUUAGACUUUUCCUUUUUAAGUCUGUUAUUCUGCAUGUAAAGCCAUUUUGAUCAAUAUGGCUCAUGUGUUUUGACACAUGGCUAACCAUUUUGGCUUUUCGUGACACCUCAAGUGUCUACGUUUUUGCAAUCUUAACUUCGAACAUGCUUGGCUUAUAUUUCUUCAAAUACUUCCCAUUUACUCUUAAGAUCCUACGAUCUUCUGCUAAUUCUUCGAUUUCAUAAGCAUUGUUCGAAAAUGUUUUUAAGAUUCGAAAAGGUCCUUCCCAAUGUGGGGACCAUUUACCAAGCGCCUGAUUUUUUCGGUCUAUAGGUAAAAUAACUUUCCAGACUAAAUCAUUAUUAACAAAAGUUUUACCUUUCACCUUUUUAUUGUAUGCUCUGGAUACCCUUUCUUUCUGUCUUUUAAUCAUUUCCAAUGCUCGAAGCCUGUCUUCGUCUAGAUCUACCAACUCAUUCAUCAUUAACUCCCAGUAAACGUUGGGAGAAAUGUCUGCUUGUCUUUGUAUUCUUACUGACUGCAAACAUAUUUCGAUUGGUAGUACCGCAUCAUGUCCAAACGUCAACUGGAAAGGAGUUGUAUUUGUAGCUUCUUUUGGAGAUGUUCGACAAGCCCAAAGUGCUUGAUCCAAAGUCUUAUGCCAAUUCUUGGGUUUCUUCCCCACAUGCUUCUUAAUAAGACCAAUUAUAAUUUUAUUUGCUGCUUCGACUUGUCCAUUUGCUUGAGCAUAAUAAGGUGUGGAUGUUAGCAACUUGAAUCCUAUUUCCUUGGCAAAGUCCUGCAUUUUUCGUCCAGUGAAGACUGAUCCCUGAUCAGUUGUUAUGCUUUCUGGGAUUCCGAACCUAUAUAUAAUAUAUUUUUGAAUAAACUCAAUCACCGCUUCUUGGUCCACAUUUGCCAAUGGUAUUGCUUCGACCCAUUUUGUGAAAUAGUCUAUUCCUACCAAAAUGUACCUUUGACCUCUGGAUGAUUUGGGGUGAAUUUCUCCAAUUAAAUCUAAAGCCCAUCCUCUGAAAGGCCAAGGUUUCACUAUUGUACUGAGUUCAUUUGCUGGAGCAUGUUGUAUACCUGCGUGUUCUUGGCAUUCUUGGCACCCCUUGGCAAAUUCUAUGCAAUCUUUCAACAUUGAAGGCCAAUACAUCCCAUAACGAAACAAAAGCCAUUUCAUCUUAUGUCCUGCUUGAUGUGCACCACAUGCCCCACUGUGUACGUUUGAUAGAGCCAAGUAUGCUUCUGCUUCACCCAAGCAUUUCAGCAAUACCCCUUCAGGAGUUUUCUUGAACAAUUCAUUCCCCAUUAGAAAAUAUGACAAGGCUCUAUACUUGAUUUUUCUAUCUGUCUCCGUCGAAGGAUUCUUCAAAUAGUUGAUUAUUGGGCUCCUCCAAUCCGUGUCUGCCAAAGAGUCAAUAUUUAGGACUUCGAACUCUUCUUUGUUGGCAUAACCCAAUUGUGAAUUCUCUAGAUCGCUCGGAGAAAGUUUAGUAGACAUUGCUCUUCCUCUUACUUCGAUCAAUUCUUCCAAUUUUUCUUUCGAUACUUUGUAUCCUGAAGCCAACUGUGCCAAGUCGUUCGCUUCUUGGUUAUUCACCCUUGAUACGUGUUUCAAUUCUACAUAUUCGAAUUUCUUGAGUAGCCUAUUUGCAAUGACAAAGUACAUGAUUAGAUUCUCUUUGAUGCACUUGUAUUCUUUUGUUAAUUGUUUGAUGACCAAUUCGGAGUCUCCUUUAAUUUCGACUCUGGUUGCCCCCAGUUCUAACAAAGCCUCAAGUCCGGCGAUUAACGCUUCGUACUCAGCUUCAUUGUUGGAGCAUAAUGGUCCUUCGAGUUUGUACUUGAGCUUUGUUGGAAUUCCAUCAGGAGAAAUUAUCAACACUCCAACUCCAGAACCUUCUCUAUGUGUCGACCCAUCGAAGUACAACUUCCAAGGUUUUAGGUCCACGUAAUGCUGAUGAUUCUCAACCACUGCGUGAUCGACAAUGAAGUCUGACACAAUUUGGCCUUUCAUUGCCUUGAGAGGUUGGAAUAUUAGCGAAUAUUCCGUUAGGGCUAAAGCCCACUUGCCAAUUCGACUAUGUAAUAUUGGCUUGGAUAACAUAUGCUUAAUAACAUCACAAUGAGACGAAACGUAAACAUCAACUGGCUUUAUAUAAUACUUAAGUUUAAUACAAGAGAAAUACAAACAAAGGCAGAGUUUUUCUAUAGCAGUAUAUCUAGUCUCUGCAUCAUUGAGUACUCUACUUAAGUAGUAAAUGGCUCUUUCGAUGCCAUUUUCAUCUUCUUGUGCCAGCAUGCUGCCUAUUGUUUUGUCUGAUGCUGAAAUGUACAGGCGCAUGUGUUUCUUCCCGUUUGGGGGAGAUAAGAUUGGUGGACAAGUCAAGUAUUGCUUUAUCUGAUCGAAAGCUUCUUGAUGUUCAGCACGCCAUUCGAACUUUCCUUGCUUAAGCCGUAGUAAAGGCGAGAAGGCUUGCGUGCGUCCACUCAAGUUAGAGAUAAAUCUUCUUAAAAAAUUUAUCUUUCCCAACAGUGAUUGUAACUCUUUCUUCGUGGAUGGAGAUUUGGUUUCCAUGAUGGCUUUUGUCUUGUUCUGGUUAAUUUCUAUUCCCUUUUUAUGGACUACGAAACCCAAGAAAUCUCCUGCUUGUACAAAGAAAGCACAUUUAAGGGGGUUCAUCUUCAACCCAUGUUUCCUCAUUCUUUCGAAUGAUUGGCUUAAAUGAUCGAGAUGACUCAUUCCCGAAGUAGAUUUUACCACAAUGUCGUCUAUAUAUACUUGCAUGAAUGUUUCUAUAAAGUCAUGGAAUAUAGAGUUCAUUGCUCUUUGGUAAGUUGCCCCAGCAUUUUUUAAACCAAAAGGCAUUACAACCCAUUCGUAAGUGCCUAUUGCCCCUGGGCAACGAAACGCUGUCUUGGAUACAUCAUCUUCUGCAAUAAAGAUCUGAUUAUAUCCUGAGUAUCCAUCCAACAUACUUAGAUACUCAAAACCUGCGGCUGAGUCUACCAGCAUUUCUGCUACAGGCAUGGGAUAUUCGUCUUUAGGAGUGGCUGCAUUAAGAUCACGAAAGUCUAUGCAUACUCGUAAAGAGCCAUUCUUUUUAAUUACAGGUACUAUAUUGGCAAUCCAUUCGACAUACCUUGUAGUUUGGAUAAACUUGCAACGUAAAAGCCUUUCGACCUCUGCUUUAAUCUUCGAAUGGAUCUCUGGCGCGAAUCUUCUAGGAGUUUGCUUCACAGGUUUCUUCCCUUCUUUUAUUGGAAGCUUCAAUUCGACUAGAUCCCUUCCUAGACCAGGCAUCUCAUCAUAAUCCCAAGCAAAGCAAUCUCUAUUUUCUUUCAGCAUUUUGAUGACCGUUGCUUUUAGUUCUGGCUCUAAUUUCGCGCUGAUAUAUGUUAUCCUUUUUUGAUCCCUGUCUCCGAGGUUUACUUCUUCGAGUGGAUCUUGGGCUAACAUCUUUAUAUUAGAAGCCAUUGGGUCUUUUUCGAACCCUAAAGGUUCUUCGUCGUAUAUUGCAUCUAAUCUUUGGUUUGAUCCUUCGUCCAUAAUCUCUUCGUCUAGGAUCGUAUCUUUGGAGCGUUCGAAAUCUGUAUGCACCUCCAAUUCUGCUAUCUCUUCUUUGAUUUGGAUGGUAUCUACCUUUACAUCUGCUAAUUCGGCCUCGAGAGCCGCCUUCUGUUUGUUCUCGGCCACGUAGGCCGAAAUCUUUUCGAAGAAUGAAGACUCAGACAUGAUUAAUGUCAUCGUCCCAGCCUGUUGGCCGUAUUGCUGCAUGAUCUUCUAAAGGUGCUGUAUCCGUUGGACCAUCCAUGAUCUCUCUAUCCCAUUGGAAUCCGUUUGGGUGCAAAGUAAGAUAAUACAAUGCAUUCUUAUUUGGGGUGUACAUCUCUUCUGCAGUAUGACAAGGUCCUAUAUUUGCCAGAUUCCUAUCGAAGUUGGAUUUAUUUACCUGGUUAACUUCAGCCAUAUAGUAACUCUGAUCACCUUCGAUGUUUUCUACUAUGCCAUCUUCUCUCCAGAUUGUCACCCUUUGAUGCAUUGUUGAGGGUACAGCUGCUACCCCAUGAAUCCAUUCCCUUCCGAGCAACAGGUUAUAGUUUGCUUUUGCUGGUAUAACCAUGAACAUAGUGGGUCUGGUAACUGAGCCUACUGUCAAAUUGACUUGAACAACUCCCAGUGUUUGUCCUAUCUUACCCUCAUAGUUAGACAGGACCAUGUUAUGUGGUCUUAUGUCCGUAUCGAACAUGCCAAUUCUCUUUAUCAUAUACUGGGGCAUCAAAUUUACUGCUGCUCCCCCAUCAACUAGGACUUUAUUGAUGCCAACAUUCUCAAUCUUAGCCCUAAUAUAGAGUGGUUUCAAAUGAUUUCUCAUACCCUCAUCAGGCCUCUCGAAGAAAGCAUUCUGCUCUUCGACUGCACCAUUAUUUAGCACAUAGUAACACACAGGUCUGUGUUUUGCCAUUUCUUCGAUAUCAGCCUCCUCACAGUCUUCUACCUCAGUUUCCUGGUUAAACUCGUGAGGGAGUACGGACACAACAUUGCAAUUUAAAUUUAUAGACGAGACUCCAUCAGAAUCAAAAUCAUUUGUCAUUCUGUCCUCUUCGUUCCAGGAAUUUGACCGCAUCUUAUCUUCUUCAUCCAAGAGCUUUUCAGCUUCGAACAAUGCACGUUCCACCGGAGGUUUGUUUGACUUUGCUCCCUGGUAUGGGACUUGGUUGCUGCUAGUUUCUCCAGUUUCUCUUGGUCUAUAUUCCUUCUGGGCCUUUUUCAUCCUCUGGUGCCUCCUCCAUUGGGACCGAGACAUAGGGUUUUUUCCCUUAUAGUUCUCCAAUCGAUAUGUCUCUCGAUUUGGCCUUUGAAAUUGUCUCCUAUAUGCCAUUGCGGUUCUUCCUCCUUGGUCCCAACUACGCCGUUUGUUGGUUCUUGCAUCGGCUUGUACCCAUCUAUCCCUAGGUGGAUCUGCAGGGAUUUUGAACGUUACCCUUCGAACUCUAGGGUGUGGACUAUCUGGUCUCUUCGUUGGGGUCCAUACAUCGAAACCAUACAAGUCAGGACGUAGCCCCUGAGUUUCUUGAUUCAUGGAGCAGUGCACACGUUCAAAUGAUCGUGCUAGCAUCUCAUCAUAGGCUGCCCCACAUCUGGGGCAGAGUGCAACUUCAGAGUUCCCUUUGUGGCAUCUGAUCAAAAAUCCUAAUAAGCUUUCAUCCAUCCUUGGGUACACUUGUAGUAAAGGAUUUGGUUCUCUCCCUGGGUGUUCCCAUCUUUCACGUCGAGCCUUUUCGAAAUUGGCUUCGAUUCUUCGAUUCAGCAUGAUCGAACACCUUGGGCACAUCCAUUGUUUUCCACCAUUUCUCUCAUGGCAAUUCCAUAGGUAGUCUUUGAGGCUUUCAGCUCUUAGAGGAACUUUAAUACCCCCAUUCUGCCUUGUCAGCCGUGUCUCUAGUUCGCCAAACUCAGAUGUUGGGUGUCUGGCGCUAACCAUGUUGACCACCGCUGGAGCAACUUCAGAGAUUUGGAUUUUCUGGAGUUUUAUCCUGAGGUCUUCAGUGGCCUCAUUGCUCUCUUCUUUUGGUGCUUCAGUCAUCUCUGUUUGGGAAGCUUCUUCAAUCUCAGUAUUGAAGAUUAUUUCAUCAUUUAGGCUUUCAGUAGCCUGCUUUCCGUUGAGCAUUGCCUUAGUUUCCGCCACUUCGAUCUCCGAUACUUCCACCAUGUUGAUAUCUUCUACCUCACAGAGGCUAGCAUCAGCAAUGUUUAGGGGAUUGGUAUCGACCCUCAUGUGACUCUUGGUCUUGUCAGCAAAUUUCAACCUUCCAUCAUUGAUAGCAUUUUGAAUUAGAUCCCUGAAAAGAAAACAUUGUGAAGUUUUAUGGCCUAAAAACCCAUGAUAUUUACAGAAACCUCUUUUCUUCCGUUGUUCCAACGGAGGAUUUUUGGAAUUAGGAGGUAGUAUCAUUUGGCCAUCUUUUACUAAUAGAUCAAAUAUUUCAUCACACUUAGUAAUAUCAAAUGUAUAAGUUUUCUUAGGAAACCUAUCAUUCUUAUCACUUUCUACAGGGUUCUUUCCAUUUGCAGGAUUUAAUAGUUUGCAGGCAUAAGGUGGUGCCUCUUUUAAUUCUGCUAAGUCUAUUUCGACUUCCUCCAGGCUAUAUGAGUCAUUGCAAGACUCAUCAUCAGCGUCUUCGGCUUCGACGUACGCUAUCCUUUCCUUCUUAUGACUUUUGUUAGCCCUAGCCUUUUCUGCUUUCAAGCGUUCGACCUGUCGAACUCUAUCUGCCAACUGGGCCAUGUCCCUAAGGUAUUGGGUAUCUAAUUUCUUUCUUAUUGAGUAAUCUAGACCACCUGCAGCCAUUUCGACAAGUUCGUGCUCAAGGACUGUCGUAAAGCACCUAGAUUUCAACAGACGGAACCUAUUCAAAUAAUCAUCAAUAGUCUCCGUGAAUUUCCUCUUAACACUGGCCAAUUCCUUCAAACUUAUCUUAGUUUGACCCAUGUAAAAUUGCUCAUGGAACAAUCUUUCUAGGUAUGCCCACGCAUCUAUCGAAUUGGGUGGCAAAGUAGUAAACCAGAUAAAGGCAUUCUUUGUCAGCGAACUAGGGAAAUACUUGAUCCUCAAGUCCUCGUUUCCUGCCAAGUCCCCUGCUUCUGUUAGAUACCUAGCAAUGUGUUCCACUGUCGAUUCGUUAGUUUCGCCUGAAAAUUUUGUAAAUUUGGGUACCUUAGUGCCCCUAGGUAAUUCUGUCUGCAUAAUAUAGUCUGAUAUAGGGGAUGUAUAAUUUGGACGUCUGAGUCCAGUACUUAGGCCAUUAUUGGCCAUCACCCUUUCUAUCAUAGCAGUCAAGUUAUUCUCUGUGGCCAGAUUUUCCCUUCUGACUCUUUGAACAACCCCAUCUGGAUGUUCAUUUCUACCUACAACUCUUACUCUGGGUUGUUCUUCCUCCGUUUCUUGUCGAACGGGGACGGUUCUUUGACUUGAAGUCUCUAAAUUAAUUACUGGAAUUUCUUCCGUCCAAUUCGUCCUCCGCAAGGAGUUUAUAUCUCGGAUGGUUGGUCUCGAUGAUGGGCCCUCAUCUUGUAUACGUUCUAAAACGGGCAUUCCCUCUUGGUAUGCGGGCUGUUUAUCUUUCCUUUUUGGUUGUGUUACACCCAUGAACUCCGCCAUCCGAUUCAUUUGAGAUGACAUCUUUUGGAAAGUUUCUACAUUUUCCCUAUUUGUGCAAGUAAUGUUUGUCAACAAUGGGGUAAAGAUUGAAGUCAAUUCUUUGGCUAAAGCCCCUAGCAUAUCAUGGUUGCUUGCAUCCAUUUCUUGUCGAAAUGCUGCUUGGCUGUUUGUGGUAUAAUGAGGCACCUGGGUAGAAAAACCAACGUUGUGUGUACUUCGACUCGCAGAUCCCACAUUUGGUGAAAAUGUCGCAUUAUUAGUUGGGACAUAAGUAGGUCCGGCCCCUCGUACGCCUGAUCCAAAAGGAAAUGGCAUCCCGUAUGGAGGAUUUGGCCUCCAUUCGAAAGUUGAAUUCGUGCCUUGACUAGACAAGUUAUUCGCAGCAUUUGUUGAGGGAAACGGUAAUACUUCCUCUGCACUCGUGGUCGAAGGUGCAGUUGUUGACACUGAAACUGGCAAAGUCCCUGAAAGUCUUGUAUUAUUUUCAGGCACCGACUGGGAAUUAUCUGCAGGUCUCGAUCCAUUUGGACCCGUUGUAUCCCUUGUUCCUUGAGUGGAAUUCGAAUUUGCCGCUCCCGAUCCUGUGCCUUGUGAGGGAUCUUGAUCACCCCCUGCACUGGCUGUAACAGCCAUUUUCUUGUUGUACCUUCGUUUGGGAACCGGUUGUGCACUGUUUGUUAAUUUACCGUUCCUAAGGUUCAUACAAGGUCUUGAUAUUGUCUAGACAAAACAAAGCAAUUGAUUAAAACAAUCCGUUCGACACGGUCCCACUGGGCGUGCCAAUUUGUUUACGGUGAUUUCCGGUAAACAACCGCUAGUCCUCCAAACUAUAAUAAAUAUGAUUUGGUUACUCGCAGGAUCGACUAGAUUGAUCCUAGGACACAUAGUCAAUUAGAUUGUUAUCAAUAUUCUUUAGAACCAUGUUCAUGAUUCGUUGUCUUCGACAAAUGUUAUUCGAUUGAAAACAUACACUUUUAGUGAUGACUUGAUUAUAUGUGAUUAUGACUUUAAAAUGUAAACAACGCAGAUAACGUAACAUGCAAUUCUGUUUAAAUGUAAAGAAUCUUAAAACAUAAAACUGUUAAAGAUCUUGAAAGUAAAUAACAUGAAAGUAAAUAACAUGAAAGUAAAUAACAUGAAAGUAAAUAACAUGAAAGUAAAUAACAUGAAAGUAAAGAUACAGUAAUGUAAAUGACAAGAAGUAAAUAGAAUGCAAGAAUUUAAAGAUAUUCGAAAACGAAAAGCAAUAAAAGAUAAUACUCAUGUAUUAAGAUGGUGGUGUCAUACGUACAUUUUCUCAGCGAACUCGUUCUCGUUAACGCUUGAUACUUGAGUAAAUAUGUGAGUGAUUUGUACAAAAUGAACACACGGAAUUCUAUCAUAAAAAACUCCUAUUUAUACUAGUUUCGACCAUAACGGCCCUACGCUAAUCCGCUGCCACGUUUCUCAUAAGAACUUCCAGCGAUGACAUCUGUGAAUAAGCAGUUACGCAACUAUCUUCGAAUUUCAAAUCUUCCCGCCUGAGUCCAUCUUCGACGCGUGGCAGUAUGUUAAUAAACACUUACUAACAAACACGCUAAAUAAUAAUACUUAAGCAAUUUAUAAAUUUUGUCUAAGUCUUCGAGGAUAUGUCCUUCCAAUAGCUUUCAGUAGCCAUCACCUUCAUAAAAAACUUAGACGUUUCUUGCUAUCGAAACAUGGCCAUCAGUAGCCAUUUUAUAUUUCUCAGAGAUGGUCAUCAGUAACCACCUUGCCUUCGAUCAUACACUCCUUCGAAGCACAUAUAUUUGUUCAACGAAAUCUUCAGCUAACAGGUGGCGACUCUGUUAUUUAGGUUAUUUAACUUAAAAUUUAAAGCCGGUCGUAACACGACGGUAUACAUCAACCGUCCUUAAAUUAUUAAAAAAUUAUUAAAUAUGACGACGGUUAUACACCUACCGUCCUUGAAAUCAGGUCACGACUGUUUAAAAACCGUUCUAAAUUAUAUGUCACGACAGUACAUUAACCGUCACCCUCUAAACCAAAUAACACACACGCUGCACGAUGUGAAACUCAUCAAAGGUCACGACGGUAAAUCCACUGUCGCGUGCUCUUACUUAAAAAUUAUCAAACUUCACAACGGUGAACCUACCGUCGUUCACAAUUACAAAACCAUUAUUGAAGGGCACGACGGUGAACCUGCCGUCGCCCACAAUUACAAAACAAUUCAUUGAUAUUUUUAUUAAAAAAAUAAAAUUUAAGUGAAAUAUAAAUUAUAUAUACAAUAUUGAAUUUUAUAUUAUAUUUUUUUUUAUUAUUAUUAUUAUAUUAUUAUUAUUAUUAUUAUUAUUAUUAUAUUAUUAUUAUUAUUAAUAUUUUUGUUUAAAAUAUUAUUCAACAAUUAUAAACCUAAACUAUCUAUAGAUUAGGACAGGUUAAUGGUACUGUCGCAGGUAUUAUUCUAAACAAAAACUUAAAUUUGCUCCCUUCGAUCGUAAAACCUCUCUUCUGUCUUUUCACCUAUCUGCGCCCAACUUGAAACUUCCAUCUUUUCUCUUUCUUACUCAUCUCUUGUCUUCAUCCCUUUCCUCUCUCAACCCCUAAAAUAUAAAACAUAGAGGAGAGAAAGCGUGAGAGGGAAAGGCCAAAGGAAUCGAUGGCGACAAGUACGAAUAGCAACAACAUCAUCCAGCCACACAAACCAUAUCGUCACCUCAAAACCCUAACAACGCAAAAUCUCGCAGUUUCCUGCAUCAAAUUCUCCAUCAACUAAACACUUCUCGCCUCCGGUUCCCUCAAUAAAACCCUAAUUAUUUGGUCCUCCGCCUAACUGGCCAUUCCGAAGACAUAUCCAACAUUGCCUGGUCAUCCGAUUCCCACUACGCCUGCUCCGCCUUCGACGAUCGAACCUCCACAUUUUGGACGCCAAUAGAGGCUACUGUGUCAAAAUCCUCCAUUUCCAUGCACAUUUUUAUCCAAAUCUCGUGUUUGAUUUCGGUUCAUCCAACAACUCUUGUGUUUGAUUUCGGUUCAUCCAACAUGUCUACGUCACUUAUGUUGAGAAGAUUUAAGAUGACGACGUUGCUUUUCUUGGCAAGUUUAUGUGACAAUGAGGUUCUUGGCGAUCCCACUCCCAAGAGAAUAUUUUAUUGCUUUGAUAAGCCACAUUUAGGGUGGAUGUAUGGAGCUCAGAUGACUGCAUUCAUAUAAAGCUGCUUUGUUUGAAACUGUAGGACCACAAACAGUUCGACCGAUGAAUGGAGGGAUAGGGAGAUUUUUAAAGAAAUGUGGUCUUCAAGCAAAUUGGAGUCGAACAAAUCUAUAGCAAUGCAUAAUUAUCUUUGGAAUCAAAAUCUCAGAGAUAUCACAAGGUUGCACUGCCAUGGAACUUUCACUUUGAUUUGACUGGGAAGCUGUUAUGGCUUAGAGCUAUGUUGGUGAAUGAUUAUCAAUCAAAAAAUCUCAGAGAUAUCACAAGGUUGCACUGCCAUGGAACUUUCAAUUUUGUAUUUAUGGUGUAGUACAGGGUUUUGUUUGGUAUGGAACUUUAGAUUUUUAUAGAAAUAGUUGCUUAACUAUUUUUUCA